CAACCCUCCGAGGCGACAUCAACGUAUGCAUAGUGGGUGACCCCAGUACGGCCAAGUCACAACUACUCAAGCAAGUGAGCGAGAUUACGCCGCGGGCUGUCUAUACCAGCGGGAAAGCAUCAUCUGCUGCUGGUCUUACUGCAGCUGUUGUGAAGGACGAAGAAUCCUUCGACUUCGUGAUAGAAGCGGGCGCUUUGAUGUUGGCAGACAACGGCGUGUGCUGCAUCGACGAGUUCGACAAGAUGGACCCGUCCGACCAGGUGGCCAUCCACGAGGCCAUGGAGCAGCAGACCAUCUCGCUCGCCAAGGCGGGAGUCCGAGCAACACUCAACGCUCGCACGUCGAUCCUAGCGGCCGCCAACCCUAUCGGCGGGCGCUACGACCGCGCCAAGUCGCUGCAACAGAACGUGGCCUUAUCUGCCCCUAUUAUGUCGCGGUUCGACUUGUUCUUUAUAUUGAUUGAUGAAAGCAGUGAGAUGGUGGACUACGCAAUCGCCCGCAAAAUCGUCGAUCUGCACUGCAACAAAGAAGAAACUUAUGACUGCGUGUAUACCAGAGAAGAUCUGCUCCGGUACAUCGCUUUCGCGAGGUCCUUCAAACCCAUCAUUACUGAGGAAGCCGGCAAGCUCCUAGUGGAAUACUACACGGUGCUCCGCGGGCGCGACGGCAGCGGCGCGUCCGGCGGCGGCUCGUGGCGCAUCACCGUGCGCCAGCUCGAGUCCAUGCUGCGCCUCGCCGAGGCCAUGGCCAAGAUGCACUGCAGCGGACACGUGGCGCCGCAGCACGUGCACGAGGCCUACAGAUUGCUGAACAAAUCGAUCAUUCGCGUGGAGCAACCUGACAUCCAUUUGGACGAAGAAGAGCCUCAACUGGAGCCGACGAUGGACGUCGACCAAGACGUGCCCAACGGCACUGCGGAUACUAACGGCCACGUGAACGGAGACUCCGCUCCCAAACAGAAACUGACGCUGUCCUUCGAAGACUACAAAUCCCUCAGUGACAUGCUGGUCGUGUUCAUGAGGAAGGAAGAGGCGGAAGCUGAGACUAGAGGUGAAGAAAGCGCGGGCAUGCGUAAGAGUGCCGUGGUCAGCUGGUAUCUGGAACAGCUGGUAGCGCGCGGACACAUCGAGAGCGAGAGCGAGUUAUUGCAGAGGAAGACGCUCGUCGAGAAGGUCAUCGACCGUCUUAUGUACCACGACCAAGUGAUAAUUCCUCUGUCCACGACGGGUCUGAAGGCCACGCAGAAGUCCGCGGACCAGGAGUUAGAAGACGACCCGCUGCUCGUGGUACACCCCAACUAUGUGGUCGACACGUGAACUGUGCAGCUGUGACGUCACGGGUGUUAGGCAUAAGCGAAACUUUUUGAAUACAAUUUGGAUGUUUCUUA